AAGCGUGGAGGCAAGAGCCACCGGGUCCUGACCCAACGAGACACUCGCCUCUGGCAGUCUGCCUCUUGGCGAAUUUGAUACGUGGGGGCAUCACUUCACUUUUCCUUGGCACUCUUUGCCCCAGUUUCCCUUUCUCACUCCCAGGACCCAGCCCAGGCGCUCUCUCUGCCUCAAUCCUCCCUCCCUCCCUCUUCUCCCGGUGUACAGCCUUCUGCGGGGCUGCACGAACCCCAGAACCGCGGGAAGAGAAGCCCCCACCCCUCGCCAUGCAGCGCCUCGGACCCUGGUCUCGGGAGGCCUGGGCUGCGCUGGCUCUCCAGUUGCUGCGACCUCCCCGCGCCCCCUGCGCCGGAGCAACGCUGCUUUUCCGCCGGGUGCAAGGAGGCCUGGUGCAGCCUCCAGCGCGGGAGUUUGCAGAGGCCAGGUUGAAGACUCAGCUGGAAUCAGAUAAAGAGAAAUCCAGUUUUGUUAUCAAGACUCCCAAGGGUACCAGAGAUCUUGGCCCUCAACAGAUGAUUAUUCGAGAGAAAAUCCUUACUGCUGUCAUCAGCUGCUUCAAGCGCCAUGGAGCUAAAGGGCUAGACACUCCAGCAUUUGAACUAAAGGAAGUGCUAAUGGAGAAGUAUGGAGAAGACUCCAGACUCAUCUAUGAACUGAAGGAUCAGGGUGGGGAGCUACUGGCUCUUCGAUAUGACCUCACAGUCCCUUUUGCUCGUUACCUGGCCACGAAUAAGAUAAAGAAGAUGAAAUGCUAUCACAUUGGGAAGGUGUGGCGACGGGAAAGUCCCUCCAUAACCCAAGGUCGAUACCGGGAGUUCUGCCAAUGUGAUUUUGACAUUGCAGGUCAUUUUGAUCCCAUGAUCCCUGAUGCAGAGUGUUUAAAGAUCAUAUAUGAAAUCCUAAAUGCGUUGCAGUUGGGGGACUUCUUAAUUAAGGUGAAUGACAGGCGAAUUCUGGAUGGGAUGUUUGCUGUCUGUGGUGUCCCUGAUAACAAAUUCCAACUUAUCUCUGCUUCAGUGGAUAAGCUGGGCAAGAUGUCCUGGAAGGAUGUGAGACAAGAGAUGGUAGGAAAGAUCGGUCUGGCCCCUGAAGUGGCCGAUUGCAUUGGGGUUUACAUCCAGCAGCAUGGUGGAGUGUCCCUAGUAGAGCAGCUGCUGCAGGAUCCCAAACUCUCACAGAACAAGCAGGCCCUGGAGGGGUUGGGGGACCUGAAACUGCUAUUUGAGUAUCUGACACUGUUUGGUAUUACAGAGAAGAUCUCCUUUGACCUGAGCCUGGCUCGAGGCCUGGACUACUAUACAGGGGUGAUCUAUGAAGCAGUGCUUCUUCAGACCCCAGCCAGACAGGGGGAGGAACCACUUGGUGUGGGCAGCGUGGCUGCUGGAGGGCGCUAUGAUGGGCUUGUUGGCAUGUUUGACCCCAAGGGCCGCAAGGUGCCAUGUGUGGGGCUCAGCAUUGGGGUUGAAAGGAUCUUCUCCAUUGUGGAACAGAGGAUGGAGGCCACUGAGAAAAUUCAGGUGACAGAGACACAGGUCCUUGUGGCUGCAGCACAAAAGAAUUUCCUUAAGGAACGGAUGAAACUGAUUGCAGAGCUCUGGGAUGCUGGGAUCAAGGCUGAGAUGCUUUAUAAGAAGAACCCCAGUUUCCUGACUCAGCUGCAUUACUGUGAGGAGACAGGCAUUCCACUGGUGGCCAUUAUUGGGGAGCAAGAACUAAAAGAUGGUGUCAUUAAGCUUCGUUCUGUGGCCAGCAGGGAGGAGGUGGACAUUAAACGGGAAUAUAUCGUAACUGAAAUCCAGAGGAGAAUGUCUGAAUCCUGAUCUUGCCAGUUUUUCAUCUGCUACUUGUUCCAGUGGUGAAGAUCUAGUCCACUAUUAUGGCCCUAUCCAGUUUCACAUUUGGGUCAGGGUAGACUACACAUCCCUUCUGCCUCCUUCCUGCAACUCCCUCCUCUGUGCUCCUUGUUUGGAGGUGGGGGAGUAUCAAUGGCACAUGGGCUUCUGAAUCCUCUUGAUUUAAAUCAGUGGGUGUUCGAGAGGAAGCGGGAGCAUCCACUUUUAACAGGUGGGGGAUAGUGCCUUCUAUAAUAAGAAUGUCACAGAGACACUACAGAGACAGUGGUACGUUUGUACUAUCACUGACUGCAAAUAAGACUUUAAGUUGAACUGUGUUCUUUGAGCAGUCUUUGAGGGAGUUAAAUUCUGAAGGAAUCUUGAAGUGUGAGGAAGUUCUUUCUGAGGUCAGAACUUAGAUGCUCAGUAGAGGUCUAAACCAACCAGGAAAAAAGCUUGACUGUCCUAGAGAUAUGCUUCCAGCCUGUUAUUUCUUGCUUUGAGUGUUGUAAGGAGACAGGGAGGAGGGAGGAGUGGAUGUCUGAUUGAGUCCAAACUCAAAUGAGAUAAAAAAGGCAUGAUGUAACUCCUUUCCUAGCUUUUCUCCCUUGUGCUAGGGAUAAACUCAUGUUUAGCUUCCUCGUGGUUUUGGAUGUUGAAUUGAGCAGGUCACUUUAGCUCUCCAGGCUUCAGUUCCUUAUCUGUAAAAUGAAGAGGUUGGACCAGAUGACCUCUAGUUGUGCCCACAUGUAUGAAACAUGUCCCCAUGAACCAUAACAACAAAAAGGAACACUUGAUAAGUAAGGGUGAGAUUGGUGCUUUCUCCCCCUCCACUGAUCCUAGGUAUAAAACUAUCCUAUCGUUGCGAUCUUUUUCCUGGGCCAGACCAGCUGCUGUUACUAUCCUGUGACUUCCCACAUGAGUAGCUAUUUGGAGAUGAUUUUAUAAUAUAUUGAAUGUAACUAAUUUAGACACUUUGUAAUUAGAAGCAUUUUAUUUACAUUAAGUACAGGGAAUGAUUUGGGUAUAAAAAUCUGGGCUAUCUUUGGUCUGGGAAUAUAACUUUACUUUUACAUAUUACGACAUUUCUGUGGAGAUUUCUGUUCCCAGGAUCCUCAGUCCUUACUAUAAUUAUUCUGUCCUUGGGAAGGUGCCAAGUUCCGAGUGGCAUCUAGUGUUUUGGCCCUUUAUUAUGUAGCCAGUGGCAGGCAUUUAAGUAGACUCGUCUCCUUUGUCACUGCAACACAGGAGGAAAACACCCAUGUACUUAAUAUUCCCAAUGUUUGCAACCGAAGUGUUCCCAGCCUAUUCCUUAUGUCUCCUUUUCUCCAUUGUUAGGAAUGUAUAACUAAAACUACUCCUACAAAGGUCAUUAUGCUCAGAAGACAAGCUUGGGCUUUUCUGGGUUUCAGGACUGAUUUUGCAAGCCUAAGAUCCAAGAACUGUGUCCUCCUACUCCAGGCCCGCCUUUGGAAAGGCCGCUGAAGACCGUGGGAGGUGGGGGUGGGGCAGUGGAGGGUGGGGGGAGGUGCCGGGUUCUUCCCUCGCUGUGGCUUCAGCUUCUGAGCAAGGCCGGGUCGGCCUCGGACCCUCACUGAGUUGGCCGCUUUGUGGGACCCUCUUCCCAGGGGAACUUAGGACUGGUGUCGAAUGUCAGUCUCCCAUCUCCCCGCCCCCGGGGGCGUGUACCUUCCUGGGCAUUCUGAUUUUGUUUGGUGCCGUGUGAGCCAACCACAACCUCUCUGGGCUUGUUUCCACGUCUGUAAAACGAGGGUUGGGCUUAAUCUUUGAUUUGUAAAAGACAUAACAGGAAAUAAAAGGUACUUCCUAUCG